AUGCUGGUGUUUCAGACUGAUAACUUCAGGAAUGGUGUGAUCAUUUCGCCUGAGUUGGCAACCAACAUUCACUCCUUCUACACGGCCCCGGCCUACAUGCUCAUCUGCAUCUCAUCAGGAUACUUUGUACAAGAUGCAGGUGACAUCAUUCUAACUAGACAUGCAAGAGGAUCCUGGGAGUUCUUAAUUCAUCAUGUUCUGGUGCUCUGGUGCUUCCUGUAUUCUCUGUACUCGCACCUCUACGUGGCCGGUGCUGUGGUGGCUCUCUUUGUGGAGGUUAACAGUGUCACCCUGCAUUUGAGGCUAAUGCUGAAGCUAGCAUCACAGCAGUCGUCCCCUCUGUACCAAAUCAAUAAGUUCCUCAACCUCUUCACCUACAUCGUCUUCCGCCUCAGUGCACAGUUCUACCUCACAUAUUACAUCGUCCAGAACUACUCCUGGAUGGACAAAGGAGGCUACUUCCUGGUUACCAUGACCCUCAUGAACACCAUGAUCCUGAUCUACUUUUAUCGUCUUCUCCGCGCCGACUUCUUCCCCCGGAGCAGGGCUCACAUGGAGCAAAAUGGCACCCACAACAACGUCAAAAAGUUCCUCACUGAAUGACACCGAUAGUGACAUGACCAUAUACCAGAUAUUGUGUUUGGUGUGUUUGUUCGGUUACACAUCUCAUCGCAUUGUGUCAAGCUGUGACUUCAUUAUUAUUAUUAUAACAACAAAAUGGCUCGCGUUGUAGUGAGAGGCGACCAGGAAAGGAUGUGGACAGUGGUACGUGCCCUAUAGUGAUGAUUAUGCCCACUGUGGCUGAAGAUCUCACACUAACAGGGCAGCAUACAGUGAGAGACUGGUCUGUUAACACUGACAGGGAUAAUCCUACUAAAUUACUUCCAGGAUACUGUGCCACUUUUGCUUCUGAUCAUAGCUAAUACAAUUGUUUACAAUAUAGGAAUGUACAUGAUUCAAGUUCUUG